CAUGCCUGGAGGUCAGGGCGGAAGUGUCGUCACGAGAUGCUUAUAAAGCUGCUCCCCAGGCUGCUCGGCGCGUAGCGGGGUGAACCUGCUGCCGUUGCCAUGGGACGAGCGGACGAUAUGAAGCUGACAGCUCGUGCAGAAAUAUCGGCUAAGUUGCACCUUUAGCUAACUCGAACUAUGUGACAACUGGGUCUUCCGAAUGAGGCGUGUUAUUAUUUAUUUGUUUAUUUUAUUCUUUAUUUCGGACUUUUAUUUUAAAUUACCAUGAAAAUGGACAAGGCGGAGCGGGCGCAAAAGUUAACCCGGUGGUGUCCUGCGGAUGUUGCCGUGCUCCUCGAAGUCCGCUAACGGGUCCCGGAGAUGCCGCCUCUCUCAGCGGGACUUCAGCUGCAGCCACACGGAGGAGGGAGGGGGAAAUAACGGAAUUACCUUUCGGACCGAAGAACUGUGAGAGCCCGCCGCUGGCUCCGAAUUUCUCCGGGAGUUCCCACCAAUGAAGACACGGGAUAUUUUCCAGUUUAUCGUUUUAUAGACCUCUGGACGUUGCUGUGGAUUGUGUUGCAGCUUCAUGCGAUGGGCUGCAUCCAGAGCAUCAGGUGUAAGCCCAAGAGUUUCCGAGACAGCGUCGUCGUCCUGGAUCUGAACGCGUCCAUCGACUCCAGCCCCACCAUCGUCGACGAGACAUCCAGCGUGGUCCUGCGCUACAGGACGCCGCACUUCCGAGCGAACGCGCGGCUCGAGGUGCCGCCUGUCACGGCCAAGGAGACGUGGACCAUCGGCUGGAUUCAGGCGUGUAACCACAUGGAGUUCUACAACACCUACGGGGACAAAGGGAUGUCAAGUUGGGAACUUCCUGACCUGCGAGACAGCAAGAUCCAGGCCAUCAGCGAUUCAGACGGGGUCAACUACCCGUGGUACGGCAACACAACCGAGACCUUUACUGUGGUAGGGCCCACCAAGAGGGAGAGCAAAUUCACUGUUAGCAUGAAUGACAAUUUUUACCCCAGCGUGACCUGGGGGGUCCCGGUCAGCGACAGCAACGUGCCUCUGCUUAGCAGUAUCCACCGUGAUCAGAGCUUUACCACCUGGCUAGUUGCCAUCAACCAGGCCACCUCAGAGACGGUGGUCCUGCAGACGGUCCGCUGGAGGAUGCGUCUUCACAUCGACGUGGACCCGGAGAAGCCCCUGGGUCAAAGGGCUGUUUUAAGGGAGCCCGUGGCCCAGGACCAGCCUCAGAAACUGUACAAGAACGAGCCCAUACCUCCCAACGCCAUGGUCAAGCCUAACGCCAAUGAUGCCCAGGUGCUUAUGUGGCGGCCAAAGAAAGGUGACCCUGUGGUGGUCAUCCCACCCAAAUACUCACCUGCUCCUGUCACCAGACUGGCCUCUGAUACCUGAUCAGUAUCGUAUUUUUUUUAUUCCUUUCACUCGCCCUUUUUUGUUAACCAGCUUUCAGUGCUUUAAACAAUUUUUGAUAUUUAUUUACCAUUUAUCUUGCCUCCAUAUUGCUCUCCACAUGUUUGAAAAACACUGACAGGAGUUAUAGAGAGGCAAAUGAAACAAAGGAACAGAGACUGGCUGUCACUUCGAAAAACGUGGCUCGACUCGAACAUGUUGAAUUACUUGCAACCAUUCUACCUUCAGACGUAGGUCGGGUCUCACUGUGCUAAAAGAAAAAAAAGUGUAUUUAAGAUUUAUUUUAAGUUUCAUAGUUUGGCUGCUGGAGCCAGUUGUUGUGAUAAUUUGAGUGUUGGAGCGUUUGAACAAUGUACAGCGCAUGACGUCUGCACACAUGCUGCACAAACUGUGUGCACAAAUACCAGAGGUAUUUUUGUAAUUUAUGGCCUGGAAAAAGAGUGCAUUUAUUUCUGUUUAAUGCUGAGUUAUUAACAUGACAAACCGCUAUGAGUCAUAGUAGAUAGAAAAAAAAACAUGCAAGACAUUCGAUCCAUGCUGCCUUAAGUUUACAUUGCUUUCCACUGAAAAUGUUUCGCCUUAAACAAAGUGCAAUGCAGUAUUUGAUCGAUUGUCCCGUUUCUUCCAGACCGUUGGUGCUGGCAUGUGUGGGUUUAGGACUGGAACAGUAGCACAACUGCAAAUGCAGGUCUCAGAAUAUGAAUAUAUAUAUAUUGAACUGCAUUUAUUUGACUCAAUUGUGUGGACGCAGUUACACAAUCAAACUGGCUGAGUUGCAUUUUGAAGUGCAUUAUGCAACACAGGAGACACUCUGUGAAGCUAACACUCAUCUGUGGGACUAAAGUUAAAAAAAAAGAACAUCUGGAGAAAAAUCAGUUUAAUACAUUUCAGUACUUAUUUCCUGCCAAUAGGUUGUAACAAAAUUUCUGCGUCACAUUCACACCAUCUCAGGGAUUCUUUACCUCCUUUGUCUCGUCUUCAUCCUUUUUGUUUGCUGCUACAAAUAAAUGUGUUCAUAGCCUACACCAAACACGUAUUACUUCUAUUAAUAAGUCGUAACAAAGAGGAAUAAAUAGAACUAGAGUGAAUAAAAACAUUGACGCAGUGCAAUAUUCUUGUUCAUUUUAGCUGCUUCCGUUUAGUGCGGCGUUGUCCAAUCCUGGUCCUCAAGCACCACUAUCCUUCAUGUUUGAGUGGUUUCUCUGCUCAAACACUUCUGGUUUGAAUCAAUAGAUGAUUGGCAGGUUUCUGCAGAACUUGAAGAGGUAGUUCAAUAACUAAAUUAGGUGUGUUGGAGCAGAAAAACAUGUAGAAUAUGCAGGACAAUCAGCCUUCCAGAACCCAGAUUGGACACAGCUGAUUUAGACCACUUAUUUAAUCAAAACGUCAAAAUGGAGAAAUCAGUCCCAUAACGAACAUUUCUACUUUUUAUUAGUUCUUAUCCAUCACCUCCCAUGCUUUAUUU